AUGCUUCUUAGCCAGUUCCUAGUAUCAAUCGUGAGCGUUGCCGGCCUCGCCACUGCCGCUCCACAGGUCGAAGCUGGCGACAAGAAGCCUCCUACCAAGUGCCCGCAAACCUUAUGCAUCGACGGCAUCAACCCAGCCUGUCCCUCUGUCAGGUGGGGAGGAUGUUACGAUACUUGCAAGCCGUGGACCAAGCCAAAAAUGUCACCCUGCCCUAGGCCUCCCAGGCCGACCAAGUCCUUCACCAGGACGACUGCGAAACCUCCCUCUCCAACCACUUUCCCUCCCGAGCCGACAUCUACCUCGGACAACUGCAGCACUCGCACUGUCUGUGCCGACUACAUCAACAGUUGCGGUAUGAUGUACGGAGGAUGCUUCCCCGACUGUAAGCCUUGGCCUUCCUUUGUGGCGCCUCCCUGCCCUACAACUACCCAGAGCGACAUUGGCAUGCCCUGGCCGCCACCAGCGGACCCUACGGCAUGA